CGAGCCAGUCACGUGGGGGCGCAACGUUUCUCUCCUGUUCGUUUGUCAUCAACCUUGUUGGAGGCAGAGACCGCUCCUCACAGCCAGAAAGAAGCACGAGGGUGCUGAAGUGAGGGGUUUGAGGAGAAGAAAUCUCAUCAUCAUUAUGAAGACGAUCAACGGCAGACACUGGUUGUGCCUCUUCCUGCUUGCCUUCCCGCUGUGCUGGGCAGAGGACACGAAAAAUGAUGUGUGGAAGUCUGAGAAUGACACAGUUUCGAGCCAAGCAAAGGUCAGACGACUGUUCGCGAGGCAAAAGAUUUCUCCGCCACAGGACAGUAACACUCCUAAACACAAGUCAAACCUCAUAUCCCCUGCACGUCGCUGCGGCCGCCUGAUGGAAAGCUGCUCCGCCCUCAUCCAGUGCUGCGACCCCUGCGCCACCUGCCGCUGUCGACUCUUCAACACCAUCUGUCAUUGCUGGAGGAUGAACCCCCUGUGCUUAAAGAAGACGUAGAUGGAACAUACAUGCUACAUGUGCACAGACAAAGC